UGAAAUAACAGGUCUCAAAGUACAAAUAUACCGUCCACUAGUACUCAGACCUGUCCCCAACAUGGGAGACUUCGAUCGAAAACGAUCCCAUAAUGGUCUCGUGGAUCAACAUCACAAAAAGAAACCACGUUUUGAGAAUCCCAAGAACCACAUCCACAGCCAACCCUUUUCAAUCCCAGUCCUUCAACACUUGGCCACCCCAGGAAAAUCCUUACCCACUCCGCCAGAGAUCGACCAGAAAUACGCCGACAGGGUCUUCACCCAUAUCUCUACUGUCUCCACACAUCUGGACAACCAGUCUUCCGUCAGCUACGAUGACCUGGAAUUCAUCGGGGAUGCUUACAUUGAAGUUAUCGCGUCUAAUCUUAUCUAUCAACGGUUUUCUUCUCUUCCAACCGGCAGAAAGUCGCAACUGCGUGAAAGUCUAGUCAAGAACGAAACCCUAGCUCGUUUCACUGAAGGCUACGGCUGGGACAAGAAAAUCAAAGGCGGCAAACAAAUUCAGCACGAUUCUCCUCAUGCCUGGAUCAAAAUCAAAGGCGAUGUAUUUGAGGCUUUCGUUGCCGCUGCUGUUCUGUCCCACCCGUCAUAUACAGAAGGUCUUGUUGCCAUUGAACCUUGGCUACAUGCUCUCUGGCGCCCCAUCACAGAUGCUCUUGCUGCCUCGAAUCCAUCUACCCCUUCUUCCCAACACAAGGUUGAGCUUGCAAAGAAGAUCUCGGGCAAAGGAGUCAAGAUCGAUUACAUUGAUGAAAAAAAGCCUGUCAUCCACAAGGGCAAAGGGGUCGAGACCUACUAUGUCGGCGCUUAUCUAACGGGGUGGGGUUGGGAGAACCGGUUUUUGGGCAGUGGAAAGGGCUUAAGCCGGAAAGCCGCUGGUCAAGAAGCUGCCGCGGCUGCAUUAGCCAACACCAGUCUGAUUGAUGAGAUUGUCGAAAAGAAGAACGCUAUGACUGUCCAGGUUAAGGAGGAGUAAAGAACAAGAAAAGGACCAUUCGGUCUGUUCCGGGUUUGAACAGGGCAAAGAAUGAUCCUCAAACGCUCUCACUUGAUUUCGACAGCGAGCUAUCGAGAAAAUGAAUGUGCUUCGUGGAUGUAUGAAGAUCGGGGAUGAGGCAAGGCUUAUUCCACGCCAUGAAUGAAAAAACUCCAACUGCAGACCUUUCUAUGAGCUCUGCAAGCAGAUCAACAACUCCGACUAUCGAGCCACGUGCCUCGCCUCAUCAUGGUUUACCGGUAAUCUCACAGCUCGGACGAACAAAGCCGUUGGACCCAUGAUCAUCACCACAUACCUGCCACAAUGCAAUCCC